GCCAUCUCUAGCGGCUGAACAGCUGUGGCGCGCACGCUAUGUUGCUGUCUUUGGUGAAAUUCCACCGCUUUAAAAGAAUUGUUGUUGAUGGCAUACGCACUAAUUACAAGGUGACGACACACCCGAUACGCAAAUUCAGCAAGAGCACAACGGCCAUGGAUGCCAAAUACGAACGCCAGCCGAAUGUGCUGCGCAAAAAACUAUCUAAUGUGGUGCCAGGAUCAGUGAAUCUCCAAGUGCUUGGCGCUGGUGCCAAUGGAUCACCCAGCGCUGUUUACCUCUUCACCGAUCAGUCUCGCUAUCUGUUCAACUGUGGCGAGGGAACACAGCGUCUGGCGUAUGAGCACAAGACGCGAUUGUCGCGCUUAGAGCAAAUUUUUAUGACACGCAACACGUGGACUUCGGUGGGCGGCUUGCCGGGCUUGGCGCUGACCAUACAGGAUGCUGGCGUGCGGCAGCUGGGAGUGCAUGGACCGCCGCAUCUGGACACAAUGCUACAGAGCAUGCGACGCUUUGUGAUGCUCAAGAACCUACAGAUGCAGAACAUAGACGCCACCACUUCGCAGCACUUCGAGGACUCCAUUCUCAGUGUGCAGUCGGUGGUGUUGCGCAGUGAGAAGCAACCAGAGCAGUCUGUAAUCAGCUACAUCUGUAAGCUGAAACCACGCCCAGGUGCCCUCAAUCUCGUCAAGUGUGUGGAGCAUGGAGUGCCGCCUGGUCCACUGCUGGGACAACUCAAGAAUGGUCAGGAUGUGCAGCUACCAGAUGGCAAAGUGGUUCGGUCGGUUGAUGUCACCGAACCCGGAGAGACAGCGCUCUCCUUUGUCUUUAUCGAUGUACCAAGCGUGGAUUAUUUGUCUGCUCUGCAGUCUCACGCCAAGGAAUACAAGCAACUUGCUGACUCAGAGCUCACGGAGGUCGCGCUGGUGGUGCACUUUAGUCCGCCGGCGAUGACAGAACAUGCAGAUUAUCGUCAGUUCAUGGCGGAGAAUUUCUCGCAGUGCACAGAGCAUAUCUAUCUCAACUCCCCUUCAAAUAGUUUCUCUGGCUAUGCGGCUACUCAUCGCAUACAAUAUCAGCUGCAUCAACUGGCUCCUUUGGUGUUUCCGCUACUCGCCGAGUCGCUUGAACUACAGCACAACUGUCCGUUGAAGAAGACAAAGCUAGACGAGGAGGAAGCGAAAGAGGAGCUGACUGGGGAAGAGAAGACGAAGCAUGAGCAGCCAAAGAAAGAUGACCAGAAACAAAGUCUGAAUCAGGGCGUUGUGCCCAUGACCAGCUUUCAUCUGCGACCCAAGAAAGGUCUCGAUCGCGCGCUGGAAUCGAAAUUGACGCCCGAGGAGUACAUCAAGGAGACGCACGCGGUGCCUGGAGUCACAGAGCUGCUGGCGAAGCUGAAGUGUGACACAAAGUUGAGCCAAGAGUCCGAGCUGGCGACAGAAGGACGCAGCAACUAUCCACGCAUCAUUUUCUUGGGCACCGGAUCGUGCAUUCCCAACAAGACCCGCAACGUGAGCUCCAUUCUCAUCCAGACAGCAAAAGAGGCAUUUGUGCUGUUGGACUGUGGAGAAGGAACUCACGGACAGAUUGUGCGACUCUAUGGAAAUGAGCGUGCGAAGGAGAUUAUGCUGCAACUGCAGGCGAUCUAUGUGUCCCACUUGCAUGCGGAUCAUCACAUCGGACUCAUUGCAUUGCUGACCGAGCGACAACAACUGGCACCAGAGGCACCUCUGCUCUUGUUGGCGCCACGUCAAAUCGAACCUUGGCUGCAGUUUUACAAUCGUCAAAUUGAGUCUAUUGCUGACUCUUACACACUAGUGGCCAAUGGCGAACUUCUAGAGCAUCCACUGAAAGGCGAGACUGUUGAACGCUUGGGCAUCGACUCGAUUGGCACUUGCUUGGUGCGGCAUUGUCCACAUGCCUUUGGCAUAAGCCUAACGCUCCAAGCCGAGCACGAAGGUGAGCCCAUUAAGAUCACCUACAGCGGCGACACGAUGCCCUGCGAGGAUCUCGUGGAGCUGGGACGCAACUCCACGGUGCUGAUACACGAGGCGACCAUGGAGGAUGAUCUCGUCGAAGAGGCACGCAUCAAGACGCACAGCACCAUCUCGCAGGCCAUUCAACAGGGUCGCGACAUGCAGGCCAAGCACACGAUACUCACACAUUUCUCACAACGGUAUGCGAAGUGUCCUCGACUGCCCAGCAACGAGGACAUGCAACAUGUGGCCAUUGCUUUUGAUAAUAUGCAAGUGACAGUGGACGAUUUGAAGGAGUAUGAGAAGCUUUAUCCUGCGUUGAUGGCGAUGUUUGCCGAGUACACCGAGGAGCUGGAACAGCGGGCAGUGAAACGAGAACUCAAACAGGAAAGAAAACGAAAAUUGGCGCAAACGUGAUUUGUAGACAGUUUAACGCAUCUACUUUGCCUUCACUUAGUUUCAGUUACAACGUUUAUACGAAUGGACAUUUAAUGUAUUUCGAAUGAGGCAUUUUGUAUAUUUAAAAAGUAGUUAAUGUGAAAGGCAAUUAACUAUUUAAAUCAAAGUGGUGGCAGCUUUCAAUAAUUAUUUAAAAUAUUUUGUAUAUCGACUACUUUUAAAGAAAUAUUGUUUAGGAAACUAAGUAGUUAAAGCUAUGCCAUCGCUUUCAAUUUCCUAUACCUUCCAAAGGCAAGAAUUUCAGGUCUUAUAUAUCUGUUUCAUAUAUGCAAAAAUUUGUAACUUGUUAUCAACAGCAGUAACAACCCAUAAACUUUAUUUCACACUUUCUCACAUUGCAUAAACGUAAAUUUUGUAAAAAUAUGUCAUUCAGUUGUAGAUUUCCAUCUUCAACGUCAACUCCAGUG